AUGUCUAAGGGAUCACUCAAACCACUGAUCGAAGGCCUUAGGAUUGAUGACCUUUCGCCUCUUGGUCUGAAGCAGCGGAGGCGGCAGCCGGACCAGCAGCUCCUCAUCAUCGUCGGCAAGCAAUUGGAGGACGGUGGUACCCUAGCGGACUACAACAUCUGGAAGGAGCCAGAAGGAGUCCACCAUCCACCUCUUCCUCUGCCUCCGUGGUGGCUCCAAGAAGCGCAAGAAGAAAACCCACACCAAGCCCAAGAAGAAGAAGGCCAAGGCUGCCGUCCUCUAGUUCUACAAGGUCGACGACUCCGGCAAUGUCUAGAGGCUCAGGAAGGAGUUUUUCUGGUUCGGAGGGCAAGGGCAGGGUUUGCACCUGAGAUUCCAGAGGAUCUAUACCAUCUGAUCAAGAAGGCCAUCGCAAUCAGGAAGCAUUUGGAGAGGAACAGGAAGGACAAGGAUUCCAAGUUCAGAUUGAUUCUGGUGGAGAGCAGGAUUCACCGCCUCGCUCGUUACUACAAAAAGACCAAGAAGCUCCCUCCCAACUGGAAAUAG